AUGGAUACGCACCUGGAAUCAGCAGCGAGGCCUUCGGCCUGUACGCAGAUGAUAAUAGUCAAACUCGUGCCCGGGACCUCGAUCAAAGGUUCUUCGAAAGAGGCCAGCGUCUUUCGGGAGAUCAUCCAGUUCCUUGAAUCUCGUCCAGGUGUUUGUAGGGUAUAUUGGGGCAUCGAGUUGGAAACAUCUAACGUACUGCAUAUACAUGUUGUGAGAGAGCGACUGCAUGCUCAUUACGACUUUCUGGCAUCAUCUGAUUAUCAGGCUUUAAAGGGAAAACUGGAAUCUAUGAUGGAAGGCGACCCGAUCAUUCGUCAUGCGUUCUUGCUCGAGUACACACAAAAUUGCGAAUCGCUUGGCAAGGGUGCACCUUUCACAGGGACUGCGAUCUACGUUGAUACCGAUAGAGCAUGGGACUAUGCGUGGCAACUUUGGGCGACCAUUGUGCCCAAAGUCAAAGGCUGCAUGGGCGUGGCAGGGGGAUACAUUGUUGAGCCCAUAGACGGCCACAAGAGGUGUUUCAUCGCAUGGGUUGGCUGGAACUCAACUGAAGAACAUGCGGAAUACCACCACACACAGCACUGGCGGGACAGGCAAGCUAUUCUACGACAAGGCCACAAGGGUUACAGAGAGUAUUGUCAUGUGGUCUUCGACAAUAGCCAGCCUCCGCCGAAGAGCUCACUUUAA